GUAUACGGUUUCUAAUUUUAAAAAAUAAAAAAAAUUGUCUAAAAUAUGUUUUCAAAUGAUCGAGAUAUAACUAAACGGCAUAACAGUUCUGUGCUAAAUCGAAAAUAUCGAAAUCAAUUAUUGGCUACCAUAGCGGUUCAAAUUUUAACAUUUGCCCAUGGCAUAGCAAUUGGUUGGACCUCACCGACACUGCUUAAGUUGCAGUCCCAUGAUUCACCCACAAAUUUUGUAGUGUCGGUAGAGCAGGCUUCCUGGAUUGGUUCACUAUUCGGUUUGGGUUCACUGGUAGGAAAUUUAUUUGGUUUCCUUUUAAAUCGUAUAGGAAGAAAAUGGUGCUUGUAUUUAAUGGCAUUGCCCUAUAUAAUUGCCUGGAUUUUAAUAUUUUUUUCGAAAACUUAUUUUUAUCUGUAUUUGGCUAGAUUUCUUAUAGGAGUAACUGGUGGUGGUAUAUUCCUAGUUAUACCGAUUUUCAUUAGUGAAAUAGCGGAUGCAAGUUUACGUGGAACUCUAUCAUCAUUGUUAAUGUUAUUCUUAAGUUUUGGCAUUAUGGUGGGCUUUGUAUUCUCAUCACUUCUGGAUUAUUAUCUAAAUUCUUGUAUCAUAAUUACCUUUCCCAUUUUGUAUUUACUGGCCUUAACAAAAUUUCCCGAAACCCCACAAUUUCUAUUAAGAAAACGAAAAUUGAAAAAGCUCAUGAAGCUUUUAAUCGAGCAACAGGAACUUAAUGUGGAUGGCGAAUUUCAGGAACUUAAGUUAAAUAUUUUAUCAAAUAAUAUCGAGGAAAAAGUAUCAUUUAAGGAUUUUGUCAGUGUUGAGGCCUUAAAAACAUUUUUUACCGCUUUUAUGCUGCUGGUCCUAAGUCAAUUUUCUGGCUGUUUGGCUUUUCUAUUCUAUAUGUCGGAUAUAUUUGCUCAUGCUGGUACCGAUAUUCAUCCCAAUACCUGUACCAUUCUUACGGGUAUAGCACAGAUUAUAGGAGCUUUUUCCACCGUCAUAUUGGUAGAUCGUUUUGGUCGUAAACCCUUAAUGUUGGUAUCAUCGGGUGGCAUGGCUGUGGGACUUUUGGCUUUUGGUUUCUAUAUACAAUUUACCACAGCAGAGCUGAAGUUGACAUAUAAUUGGUUCCCCAUUGUUAUCAUGACAUUUGUAAUAUUAUUGGUCAAUGUAGCAGUGACUGGUCUAUUAAUAGUGGAAAUUUUUCCCGCUAAGAUACGUGCACCUGCCACAACUGUAUGCUGUUUUGCCACUAGUUUAAUGAUAUUUGCAGCCUUGAAAAUAUUUCCUCUUUUACUGCAAAAUUAUGGCCUAGCCACCCUGUUAUACUUCUGUGGUGGUGUUUCGGUUAUUGGUGGACUAUAUAUCUUACUAUUUCUAAAAGAAACUAAAGGAACAUCUAUGGAUAGAUGAAAUAAUAUGGAGAGAUGAUUUCAAUAGACUAAAGUAUAAGCAUGUUGCUUUUUAACAUAUUUUAGACUUAGCUUAUCUCUAUUUUUUUAUUAAACUAAAUACAUUGUAUCUAAAGAUAAAUAAAAUUAAUCUUAUCUUUAGAUGAUAAUAAUCAAGUACUAAUAUGGGAUAAAAAAUCGUUUAAAC